GUCAGAGUUGCCACCCUCGCGUGACUUUUGUUAUAGAGACGGCCGCCAUUAGAGUUUUGCUGUCGCGUCGCGUUGAAAAAGUGAGGAAAACCUUCAAAAAACAGUGCUAAUAGACACAGCUGCGCCCGUUGGUCGGAUAUUACUCGAAGGAUCCCUUGGAUAAAGCGGAGGAAAAAGAGCAAGAAUGGCCUCGCCCUCUCCGGCGAACAGUCCCAUGCCCCCGCCACAGGCGCCCAGUCCGAUGGCCCCGCCCUCGCAGAGUCCCGCCCCCUCGCCGCACAGCCCCUAUCCCCACCAGCAGCCGGGUCCCCUCCAGGGGCCUCCGCCUCCCGGCCACCCCGGCGCCUACGGACACCCCAUGCAGCACGGACCGCCGGGUCAGGGUCCUCCCGGGCACCAUAUGCCGCCGCACCACCAGGGGAUGAUUUUCUCAAAAGGUCCGCACAUGGGAAUGCAGAUGCCGCCGUCGGGCCCGAAUAUGUCCCCCAUUGGCUACCAAUCCCACGGAAUGCCACCCAAUGCUCCAACGCAACCCUGCAUAGUGUCGCCCGGUGGCCCACCUGGUGGGCCUCCGCCUCCAGAGCGCUCCAGCCAGGAAAACCUUCACGCCCUUCAGCGCGCCAUUGAUUCGAUGGAGGAGAAGGGCCUGCAGGAAGAUCCUCGCUACUCCCAGCUACUGGCGAUGCGAGCAACCUCCAAGCACCAGCACCUUAACGGCAAUCAGGUGAACCUGUUGCGCACACAGAUCACUGCCUAUCGGUUACUGGCGAGGAACAAGCCCAUAUCCAUGCAGAUGCAACAGGCGCUGCAGGCGGCACAGCAACAGCCACCGCCAGGACCUCCAAUUGGACCACCUGGAGCACCAGGAGGACCGCCGCCCGGUGGACAACAUCCAGGCCAGCCUCCCGUGCAGCCGCAGCAACAGCAACAACCGCCUCCAUCAGCAGGAACACCGCCUCAGUGUUCCACGCCGCCUGCCAGCAAUCCCUAUGGGCCGCCAGUUCCUGGUCAGAAAAUGCAGGUAGCUCCACCGCCGCCACACAUGCAGCAGGGACAGCCCUUGCCGCCACAGCCGCCUCAGGUUGGAGGACCACCGCCCAUCCAGCAGCAGCAACAGCCGCCGCAGCAGCAACAACAGCAGCCGCAGCCCCCGCCACCGGAGCAGCAUCAGUUGCCAAACGGAGGCAAACCCCUGAGUAUGGGAUCCGCCGGAGGACAGCCAUUGAUACCAGCCUCGCCAAUGCAGCCCCAAGUGAGGAGUGCUCUGCCAGGAAUGCCACCUGGCAGUCAGGUUCCGCAACCGGGAGGAGGUCCUCCGCGACAGGUGCCACCCGCCGGAAUGCCCAUGCCCAAACCCAAUCGCAUCACAACGGUGGCCAAGCCCGUGGGUCUGGAUCCCAUCACACUGCUGCAGGAAAGGGAGAACCGAAUAGCAGCCAGGAUAUCGUUGCGCAUGCAGGAGUUGCAGCGACUGCCGGCCACCAUGUCGGAGGAUCUGCGUCUGCAAGCAGCCAUCGAGUUGAGGGCCCUGAGGGUCUUGAAUUUCCAGCGACAGCUGCGCAUGGAGUUUGUCCAGUGCACUAGAAGAGAUACCACGUUGGAGACAGCGCUGAACAUCAAGUUCUACAAGAGGACUAAGCGGCAGGGUCUGCGAGAGGCGCGAGCCACAGAGAAACUGGAGAAGCAACAGAAACUGGAGGCCGAACGGAAACGCCGGCAAAAGCAUCUGGAGUUCCUGGCCGCGGUGCUGCAGCACGGCAAGGAUCUGAGGGAGUUCCACAGGAAUAAUAAGGCCCAGCUUGCCAGGAUGAAUAAGGCAGUGAUGAACCACCACGCGAAUGCGGAGCGCGAGCAGAAGAAGGAACAGGAGCGCAUCGAGAAGGAACGUAUGCGACGCCUGAUGGCCGAGGAUGAGGAGGGUUACCGAAAGCUGAUUGAUCAGAAGAAGGAUAAGCGAUUGGCCUUCCUGCUGUCUCAGACAGAUGAGUACAUUAGCAACCUCACUCAGAUGGUGAAGCAGCACAAGGACGAUCAGAUGAAAAAGAAGGAGGAGGAGGGCAAACGUCUGAUACUGUUCAAAAAGGAGCUAUUGAUGAGCGGCGAGUAUAUCGGCAUCGACGAGGGCAGCAUUGUGGCCGACAUGCGUGUCCAUGUGGUGGAGCAGUGCACGGGCAAGAAGCUCACCGGCGAUGAUGCUCCCAUGCUGAAGCACUUGCACCGCUGGCUAAACAUGCAUCCCGGCUGGGAUUGGAUCGACGACGAAGAGGACAGCUGCGGCAGCAACGAGGACCAUAAACCCAAGGUGGAUGAGCAGCCAAUGGCUACAGAGGAUGUCACCGAUAAGGCGGCGCCGACGGGCAGCGAGGAAGAUCCCAAGGAUCUGAUUACCAAGGCCAAGGUCGAGGACGAUGAGUACAAGACGGAGGAGCAGACAUACUACAGCAUCGCUCACACGAUUCACGAAAAGGUAGUCGAGCAGGCCAGCAUCAUGGUGAAUGGUACGCUUAAGGAGUACCAGAUCAAGGGCCUGGAGUGGUUGGUUUCGCUCUAUAACAACAAUCUGAAUGGCAUUCUGGCUGAUGAAAUGGGUUUGGGCAAAACCAUUCAGACCAUUUCUCUGGUGACCUACCUGAUGGAUCGGAAAAAGGUUAUGGGACCGUACUUGAUUAUCGUCCCACUUUCGACCUUGCCCAAUUGGGUGCUGGAAUUUGAGAAGUGGGCGCCGGCAGUGGGCGUGGUCAGCUACAAGGGCAGCCCGCAAGGAAGGCGAUUGCUGCAAAACCAAAUGCGAGCCACCAAGUUUAAUGUUCUGUUGACCACCUACGAGUACGUGAUCAAGGACAAAGCGGUGCUGGCCAAGAUCCAGUGGAAGUACAUGAUCAUCGACGAGGGUCACCGCAUGAAGAACCACCAUUGUAAACUCACCCAGGUCCUGAACACGCACUACAUUGCUCCCUAUCGGUUACUGCUCACGGGUACACCUCUGCAAAACAAACUGCCCGAGUUGUGGGCGCUACUUAAUUUCCUGCUGCCCUCAAUUUUCAAGUCCUGCUCCACAUUCGAGCAGUGGUUCAAUGCUCCGUUUGCCACAACCGGCGAGAAGGUCGAGCUGAACGAGGAGGAAACCAUCCUUAUCAUUCGCCGUCUGCACAAGGUGUUGCGACCCUUCCUGCUGCGUCGUCUCAAGAAGGAGGUGGAGCAUCAGCUGCCCGACAAGGUGGAGUACAUCAUCAAGUGCGACAUGUCCGCCCUGCAGCGGGUGCUCUACAAGCACAUGCAAAGCAAGGGCGUCCUGCUCACCGACGGAUCCGAGAAGGGCAAGCACGGCAAGGGCGGUGCCAAGGCGUUGAUGAACACGAUCGUCCAGCUGCGCAAGCUGUGCAACCAUCCGUUCAUGUUCCAGCACAUCGAGGAGAAGUACUGCGACCACACUGGAGGGCAUGGAGUGGUGUCUGGACCAGAUCUGUAUCGCGUCUCAGGAAAAUUCGAGUUGCUCGAUCGCAUUCUGCCCAAGCUGAAGGCCACCAACCACCGCGUACUGCUCUUCUGUCAGAUGACCCAGUGCAUGACCAUCAUCGAAGACUACCUGGGAUGGCGCCAAUUCGGCUACCUUCGACUGGACGGUACCACCAAGGCCGAGGAUCGUGGCGAACUGCUGCGCAAGUUCAACGCCAAGGGCUCGGACGUAUUUGUCUUUCUGCUAUCCACUCGUGCCGGUGGUUUGGGUCUCAAUCUACAGACCGCCGAUACCGUCGUAAUCUUCGACUCCGAUUGGAAUCCUCAUCAGGAUUUGCAGGCUCAGGAUCGUGCCCAUCGUAUUGGUCAGCGGAACGAGGUUCGUGUUCUCCGGCUAAUGACAGUCAACUCCGUCGAAGAGCGCAUCUUGGCUGCGGCCAGAUACAAGCUGAACAUGGACGAGAAGGUUAUCCAAGCUGGUAUGUUCGAUCAAAAGUCGACGGGUAGCGAGCGGCAGCAGUUCCUCCAGACGAUUCUGCAUCAGGACGACAACGAAGAGGAGGAGGAAAAUGAGGUUCCGGAUGAUGAAAUGAUCAACAUGAUGAUUGCUCGCAGCGAGGAGGAGAUCGAGGUCUUUAAGCGCAUGGAUGCGGAGCGCAAAAAGGAGGAUGAGGAGAUCCAUCCGGGCAGGGAACGUCUUAUCGAUGAGUCCGAGUUACCAGACUGGUUGACAAAGGACGACGACGAGGUGGAGCGUUUCCACUAUCAGUACGACGAGGAUACCAUUCUGGGUCGAGGUUCCCGACAGCGAAAGGAGGUGGACUACACAGACAGCUUGACGGAGAAGGAGUGGCUGAAAGCUAUCGACGACGGAGCCGAGUUCGACGAGGAGGAGGAGGAAGACGAUUCCAAGCGGAAGCGGCGCAAACGAAAGAAUCGAAAGGAGGAGUCCGACGAUGACUCGCUGAUCCUGAAGCGACGCCGACGCCAGAACCUGGACAAGCGAUCUAAGAAGCAGAUGCACAAGAUUAUGAGCGCGGUGAUCAAGCACAACCAGGAUGGACGCACCUUGUCCGAGCCGUUCAUGAAGUUGCCGUCGCGACAGCGGUUGCCCGACUACUACGAGAUCAUCAAGCGACCUGUGGACAUCAAGAAAAUCCUGCAGCGCAUCGAGGACUGCAAGUAUGCCGACCUCAACGAGCUGGAGAAGGACUUUAUGCAGCUGUGCCAGAAUGCACAGAUCUACAACGAAGAGGCCUCCCUGAUCUACUUGGAUUCAAUUGCCUUGCAAAAGGUGUUCGUUGGGGCCAGGCAGCGGGUAACGUCUGCAGCGGAUGCAGCCGCAGUGGCGGCAGGAGAUAAUACGGGGGAAGCACAUGGAAACGGCGGGGGCUCGGAUAACUCGGAAAACGACGACGACGAUGGCGGGGAUGACGGCUCCGACGAUGAGGAGAUUGCCACUACUUCAGCGGCUGCUGUCAAAAUGAAGCUCAAACUGAACAAAUCUCUGGCCAGUGCCCCGGCCACGCCCACGCAAUCAUCUUCAAAUGUGGGCAGCGGAGCGGCCACCACUUCAAAGAAACAGACGCGUCGCAAGCGGUCUCAGAAGAAAUACACUAUAUCAGACGACGACGACGAUGACAUGGACUAGCUACCGUUGGGAGUGAUCUUCAAGCGCGGAUCGUCGGAUGUCGAAGGCAUGGGCAAUUGAUUUUUAGUUAGUUUAAGUUUAAACACUUUCAAGGCCGAUGCUUACCGAAACCCUAGCUUAAGGGUUUCCUUAACCAUCUGCCCCCCCCCCUAUCAGGCUACCACUUUUAUGUAUCUAUCUUUCCUAGUUGUAGGUUUUCAGCUUAAGUUCAAUUUCAAUUAUUUACGCACACACCCAUUUAUUUCUCCCAAUUCCUUUGAUUGUAUAAUUACGUGCUUUAAAAUAAAUGCAUACAUAACAUAAAUUAA